AUUGAAAAGUCUGGUAGUAGUGACCUGGAUCAAAGUGAUGAUUCGGAAACCCAGAGUGAUUCUGAACACGGCAGUGAUAGUGGAGAGAUUUGGGAUGCUACUUUAGGUGAACACCUGGAUGAAGAUAUCCUAAACCCUCCGCCAAUACCUGAACCAGCUUGUAAGAAGAAGAAAUUUCACAUGGUGCACUCACUUCUGCAGUGGAUGUUAUAUUUUCUUUUGAUUUGGCAAAGCAUUACCAACCUCAGUGACAAUGGUCUAACAUGGCUGUUGCAAUCGCUUUUCCAUUUUCUACGAGCACUUAAUGUCCAUAUUCCAGAUGAAAUUCUUGUGAAGCUCAUAGCAGUAUUUCCAUGUUCGUUAUAUAUGGUCAGAAAGUAUCUCAACCUAAAUAGAGAUAACUUUACGAAAUAUGUUGUAUGUCCAAAAUGUACCAAAUGCUACCAUUAUGAUGAAUGCUUAAAGAAAGCUGCAAAUGGAAUCACAGUUGCAAAAUGUUGCUCAAAUAUUUCUUUCUCGAGAGGAAAAGCAGUAAGAUGCAAUUCGAAGCUCGUCAAGAAAGUUGUCCUAAAGGAUAACCAAAUCAAAUAUUAUCCAGAUUUUUACUACUGUUACAAUGGGAUCAUCAACUGCCUUGAAGAAAUAGUAAGUAGGAAAGGAGUGCCAGAAAGCUGCGAGAGAUGGAGACAAGCUGCUCCCACUAACUGCAUGACUGACAUAUACGAUGGUAAACUAUGGGAUGACUUCAAAACAGUUAAUGGAAAGGACUUCUUAAAUGGUCCGAGAAAUUAUGGUUUAAUGCUAAACUUCGACUAUUUUCAGCCAAUGAAACACAGGAAAGAUUAUUCUGUGGGUGUGCUCUACUUGGUUUUACUCAAUCUUCCCAGGUCUGAACGCUUCAAAUGGGAAAAUGUUAUUGUUAUUGGUGUAAUCCCAAACAUGGAGAAGGAGCCAAAGUCUCUGAAUGAAUUUCUUAAGCCUGCCGUCUCUGAACUCCAGGCAUUGUGGAAAGGAUUGUAUUUAAAGAACAGUCUGUGUUCUAUUCCCUUAAAAUUCAGAGCAGCUCUUCUUUGUACAUCUUCUGACAUACCAGCAUCGCGAAAACUUUGUGGCAUUAAAGGUCAUAGUGGCGAGCUGGGAUGCUCGAAGUGUUUGAAAAAAUUCCCAGGUAAAUUUGGAGAAAAGAGAGACUACUCGGGUUUCAAUCGUGAUGACUGGGAGAAGCGCACUGACAAAGAUCACAGAAGGAUCGCAGCGAAAAUUCUGAAAUGCAAAACAAAAACAAAAAUUAACGAACUUUCCAAAAAGUUUGGAAUUAAUUACUAUUCAAGUCUUUUGGAUUUAGAAUACUUUGAUGUCAUUCGCUUUUGUGCGAUUGACCCUAUGCACAAUUUAUUUCUUGGGACAGCCAAGUAUGUUUUCAAAUUGUGGGUUGCUGAUGAUCACCUCACUUCUAAGCACUUGCAACAGAUCGAAACGCGGAUUGAAGAAAUGGAAGUCCCAUCGCAUAUUGGGAGGCUACCCAAGAAAAUUGCAUCAAAUUUUGGUUCUUACACAGCGGAGCAGUGGAAGAACUGGACAACCGUAUAUUCACUGUUUGCUCUAAAAGGGAUAAUUAAUGAUACACACUACAAAUGCUGGCAAUCCUUUGUACUAGGAUGCAGAUAUAUGUGCAAGCCAGUCUUGACAGAAGCAGACAUUAUUAAAGGAGAUGGUUUAAUCCUAAAGUUCUGCAAGGAGUUUGAAGCACUAUAUGGUGGCAAAGCUGUUACACCAAACAUGCACCUACACUGCCAUUUGCGGGAGAACAUUCUAGAUUACGGUCCAAUUCACAGUUUUUGGUGUUUCAGCUUUGAGAGGUACAAUGGUAUUCUUGGCAAUAUGGCAACUAAUAACCGUUCAGUGGAACUACAACUGAUGCGGAAACUUAAAGUUUCCCAAUCACUAACAAGUAUUUGUAUGCCUGGUGAUUGUGGUGAAUCUUUUCAGCAAUUGAUCGCCAAUAUGAAAAAUCAGGAAGAAAUGUCUAAAGAAUCAAAGAAUCCAACCCAGCUUCUAGAAUACUACAACAUAUACUCAACUCUACCACUUUCAACCAUUAACUGGAAUAACAUUUCAGCAGUAACAUUACCUUCCAGUCAUAAAGAGCGAAGCUUUGAUAACGAUGAUUUAUCUGUUCUUUUAGAAGUGUACCAAAUUAUGUACCCCAGAGCUGAUAUUAUCCUUGAACACCUCAGUAGAACAUUCAAAAUGUACAGUACUGUGCAAAUAUUUGGUCUGCAGUAUGGGUCCAAGAAAGACCACAGAAGUCGGCGUACAGCAGGAAUUCUUGCUUCCUGGCCAGAAAUUGAUGGAAAGAUAAACACAAGUAGUCUAAGAAUGACAUUUGGAUUAGUAGACUACUAUUUUAUUCAUACUCUGGUAAUCAGAGGAGAAUACAAGAAGUUCUGUUUUGCAUGUGUCACCUGGUAUAUGCCAUCUGAUGAUACCAUUUAUAAUGGACUAAAUCCACUUUUGGUUACACGCAAGCAGAGUGUACUAGGGGGACCUUCAAGAUUUUUGCCAGUCCAAAAGAUCUCUUGCCAUUGCUCUAUUGCCACAGUGAGGAAUGAAAAUGGAGAAGAAAGGAAUAUUGUGUGCCCGUUCGUGAAGUCUUUUUGCUUAUAG